GCGCUCACACCGAUUUAGUCGUUUCCUAUCGCAUUCGUUCUAAUCAUAUUGUGAACAUUUGUUGAUUAUAUUUCCGCCGUUGAGAAAAAUAUUUUAAUAACAAUUUUAUUUUCCGACGUUAGCUUAGAAACAUUUUCGUUGCAUUAGUUGGCGAGGUCAAUUUUUAACCUAUUCUAGUCCUUUGUGAUUCCGAUACGAAUUUAAAUUAUUGCCAAAUUAUACAUAUAUAUUUUAUUGAAAUAUUUAUUUUAUUUAGAAAAUUGUUUUGGUUAUUCGCGACGAUUUUAGUGAAAAUAUUUAAUUGUUCCGACUAGUUCGUUUGGCAGCCGGUAGUCAAUUAAACCGCUCAAGACUAUAAGACUAGUUACAGCUGUUGAACUGUUGAUAAUUCAAGUUUUUCCUUUGAUGAGUCAAGAAUGGAAUUGAGAAGACCGAGUUGUUAUAAUUUGUUGAACAGUGUCAAAGAUUUAACCCUGUUGGUUUAAAUGAUGGCUUCUCCAACGCCGUCUCUUGAUUCUCUAUCCGGAUUCAACACUUUCGGGCCGGACUAUAAUAGGUCAUUGUCGUCUAGCCACUCGCCCACUGAUUCAGACAGUAGCGGUUCAGGCGUUUCGACAGGCGGAAGCGGAACCAGCACGAGCAAUACCGGCACAAGGAAGUGCCAACUGUGCCAUGAGAUAUUCUCUAACCCGCGAGUACUGCCUUGUUUACACACUUUCUGUCACUCUUGUCUAGAAAACAACCAAGAUCAACCUGAAAAGAUCACGUGCCCUAACUGUCAUCAGGAGUGUAUCCUAACGAACCGCGGCAUUAGCGGACUAUUGCCCGACUUCACCGUCAACGGCGGCUCAAUUGAAGUCAACCCUGACAAGUUUGCGGGCGUGUGCAAAGGCUGCAAGAAUCUCAACACCAACGUAGUAGCUUAUUGUUACGAUUGUCAGCAAACGCUGUGUGCCAACUGCAUGAUGGCUCACCAGUUUAUGAACUGCUUUGAAGACCACCGGCUACACGGACUCACAUUUGACAACGGCAGCGAAAACGAUAAUAACAAAAAUAACGCCUACAUUCCGACCACGGUUGGUGACCGCGUCGUUUUUUGUUCAAGACACAAGAACGAGUCUCUUAAGUAUUUCUGCCGUACUUGUAACGUGCCCGUUUGCAAAGAAUGUACACUCAGUGAUCAUCAGUUCAGUAUGCACGAUGUCGAGCACUUGAGUGACAUUGGUGUCAAGCUCUUGGACAUACUUAAUGGUACAGUCCAAGAAAGCAAGUCGAAGGCAACUGACAUACGCAACAUGGUGAAAAAUAUUGAGCACACUUCUAACAAACUGCAAGUACAGUACCAUAAAGCGCAAAACGAGAUCAAUGAGACUUUCGCAUUUUACCGGUCUAUGUUAGAAGAACGCAAACAAGAAUUGCUUAAAGAAGUUGAGAGCGUAUACAGUGCAAAACAGCUAACGUUGACCGAGGCCUCGCAGAAAGGCCUGGAGGUUGUUGACAAAAUUUAUCAGACCGGUGAGUUCGUAGACCGGCUUACUAAAAAUGCUAACGUAGUUGAAUGUCUUUUAUUCAAGAAGUUACUCGAUUCUAAACUUCAAUCAUUGAUGAGUUACGAACCAGAUACUAGUGUACAGAACAUUUGUGAUUUGGAAUUUGUAUCAAAUUAUCAGGCUAUUCAAGUAGGCGUUCGCAAUACAUUUGGUUAUGUUCGUUCAAGCACCGAACUGGGUGUCAUUGGUCCCGGCAAGCAGCCUCCAAUCGCCAGACCCACCAACGGGUCUUUAAUGAACGGCAAUUCUACUAUGACCAACGGUGGAAGUUGCUUGAACGGGUCCUCGGACAUAAUGCACAACGGUGUCAUUGAGCGCCCCUACUCGAAUGGUCUGACUUCUACCAGUCCACUGUCAAGUCAGUAUGAAACUAAUAUUUUGUCAAAGCGUUUCAACAGCGUCAAUAGUCUAGGUCCAUUCUCGACUAGUUCAAUCGGCGAUCUCAAUUUGAAUGCCAUCGGUAAUGGACUGAACGGCAUGAAUGGUUCCAAUAAUGGUAGUGGAGUUAACGGAGGUAGUAUGAACAGUAUCAACCCAUACGAAAAGUGGUCCAAUGGUGGCAGUGGUGACAUUUUCCAAAAUGGCGGCAGCAAUGGAAACGCUGACUUUCCCUUGACAAUCGAUAACAACGACAGUAUCUUAGACUUGUCUAGUAAACUUUUCACGGCUUCUAUAUUUCCGCCAAAAUCUCAAAUAAAAAGACACAAGAUGAUCUACCACUGCAAGUUUGGUGAAUUUGGCGCAAUGGAGGGUCAAUUCACUGAACCAAGCGGCGUUGCUGUAAAUGCGCAAAAUGAUAUAAUUGUCGCCGAUACCAACAAUCACCGAAUUCAAAUAUUCGACAAAGAAGGUCGAUUCAAGUUUCAAUUCGGUGAGUGUGGCAAACGAGAUGGACAGCUUCUUUAUCCAAACCGCGUGGCUGUGGUGAAACCAUCGGGUGAUAUCAUUGUUACCGAACGUUCUCCCACACACCAAAUACAGAUCUACAACCAGUAUGGACAAUUUGUGCGCAAGUUUGGCGCUAACAUACUACAGCACCCUCGCGGAAUUACUGUUGACAAUAAGGGCCGCAUCGUGGUAGUUGAAUGUAAGGUGAUGCGUGUCAUCAUAUUCGACCAAGCUGGCAACGUCCUAGUCAAGUUUGGCUGUUCGAAACACUUGGAGUUCCCUAACGGCGUAGUGGUUAAUGACAAACAAGAAAUAUUUAUUUCGGACAAUCGGGCGCACUGCGUCAAAGUGUUCAACUACGAAGGCCAAUAUUUGAGGCAGAUCGGUAGCCAAGGCAUAACAAACUAUCCAAUUGGUGUCGGUAUCAACGCAUCUGGCGAAAUUCUCAUUGCUGAUAACCACAAUAAUUUCAAUCUGACCAUAUUCACGCAGGAAGGCCAGUUGGUGUCUGCUCUAGAGUCCAAAGUCAAACAUGCUCAAUGCUUCGACGUAGCCCUGAUGGACGAUGGAUCCGUUGUGUUGGCUAGCAAGGACUAUCGCCUUUACAUCUACCGUUACAUUCAGAUACCUCCGAUGUUAAUGUAGAUCUCAUAAUUAAGCAUUCCUAAAACUAAAAAAUGAAUCAAGUCGCCAUCAAAAAAAUCUGUUAUUAUUAUUAUUAAGAUUAAUUAUUAUUUUUAUUACAAAACAAGUUGUUCGCUCUCUUAUAUUGUGUCGUCACUGCUCAUCACAUAUUAUUUUGUUAUGCAAAAAAAGAAAAAGAAAACAAAAAAAAGGCAGCAGGUUCUUCCUGCUUAUUAUAAAUUAUCUAUCAUUAUGUCCUGAGCGUUUUAUGCUCAUCAGGAGUACAGUUACGUAAUUAUGUUUUUAUUAAUUGAGUAAAUUAUUAUUGUUUAUUUUAGCAAAUUCACAGUGUAAACCUGUUACAUUUUCGAGUACUUAAAAAGUAAUCCACUAUAAUAUAAUUGGAAAAUUUACCAGAAAAAAAAAAAAAAAAAAAUACCAAUCCAUCAAUUUUUUUUAUUUUUAAUUUUUAUUUACCACUAACUUAUAACGUUUUUAAUAUUUAACUUCGCGGGGUUUUUAUUCUUUGGAUGUUUUAUUAAUACAUAUUUUAUUGUAACCAGGUUAGAUUGAAAUUCUGAGACUUGUAAUUUGUAACUUAAGGACUGUUAUUUUGUAUUAUUAUUAUGUGAAUUAAUUAUUAUUAAACAUAACUUUUAAAAAUUAGUAGAAAAGAAAUAGUUAGGCUAGCGAGUGUCUUUAUCCUUUUAAGUGCGCGAAACUUACUUAUUAUUAUUAUUUUUUUGUUAUUAUUUUUGUAUACAUUAAAAUGUACUGAAAUCCCAGAAUAGUUUUUCUUACCAAUAUUAUAUUCAUUUUAAACUAAAUUAAUUUUUAAUUUUGUUUAAUUGUUUUUAUUUUAAUAUUUUUUGUUAUUACAUCAAAGUAUCUGCUCUGAUUUGUUGAAGCGUUCCUUUCUAUAGGACUUUGCUAGUCAAAUUUCGGAUUCCGAGUCUCCUAUUUUUUUUCGCCACUCAUCAAUGUACGGAUGCUCGCACCAUAUUUUUUUAAACCUGUAUUAUUUAAAAAGAAAAAAUUAAAACUACCUACCUAAAAUUUAUUUUGUAAGUUGUUUUCCUUUAAUUUUUUCGUUCAUUUCUGUAUUGAAACUAGAAACAUAUUUAGUACAUGUACAGGUUUACAAUUUUUUUUUUUGUCCUAAUUAUUAUACAUUAUUACUAUAUAAUUACUUAUAUUAGAAAUUAUAUUAAUUACUAAAUCAAUUUUUGUGUAAGUGUGUAACUCUCAUGUUUUGCGUUGUUAUUUUAUAUUAAUAAUCAAGCGUUGAAAUCUUAAUUAUAUAAAAUGUACAAAGAAUAAGUACUAAAACAACAAAAGUUUAAUAAUAUUUUUAAUUUUUAUUUGGGAGUAAUAAUUGUUAUAGUGGGAUUGCUCACUAGUUUUUGUUUUUCUUUGUCUAAGUAGUUAUUGGAUAUUAUUAUUGUUGAGUUUAAUUUUAGUUAAUUUUCUCCUUUUUAUAUUAAAAAAAAUUGUGCGGUAUUCCAUUCUUAGACUUUUUAUUCUUAAUCAAUUUUUUUGUACUUUCGUAUUCUUAUAGUUAAGGAUAAAUAGUGUCUUCACAGUAUUUAAUUUUUUCGUUUCCUUCUUAUUAUUAUUAUUAUUAUUUUUUUUUUUUUAAUGCACCUUGAUAUUAAAUUAAUAUGAUAAAUAUUAUGUAGCUUUAAUGUAGUGUUUGUGUUUGUGUUUUACGCGUUUUAUUAUUAUUUUUUAUUAUUAUUAUUAUUAUUAUUAUUUUUGCAUUUUUAAUUGAUAUUUUCGAUUUUAUUAUUAUUUAUUAUUGACGAUUCUAAUGAUAUUAAUUAAUAUGAGGCAUUUAGUUAGCAAAUUGCUUUGUAAACUUGCGCUUGUCUCUCAUUAUUUUCUUUUUAAGUUUACUCAUUUAGUUGCUAAAUGAAAAAUCAAUCAUGUUAUACACUAUUUGAAACAAAAUUAUUAAAAUGUAAUAAUAUAUAUAUAUAUUAUUUUUGUUGUAAAAAAUAUCAAACAGCAAUCUUUUGAUGAUAAUUUGAACAAUAUUACAUUCUAUCUGCGAUGAAUAUUAUUAUUGACUCCUAUUUUUUUUUCUUUGUAAGGCAAUGCGCAUUUUUGUUUUAUUUAUUUCUUAUUAUUUAUUUUUUUUGUUUAAAGAUAAUUAAAACUUGUUAUACAUUUUUUUAAAUAUAAUUUUUAUAAUACAUGAUAAUUAAUUUCGAAAAGAAAAUAUCCAAUUUUUUUAUUUUAUGAUUUUAUCAAUAAUCACUAACAAUUAUGAUAUAAGUUCUUCCAUUUAUCCUACUAAUUUUUGUACUAUUACUUCCUUUUGUACGUUCCAAUUUUCAUUUUAAUAAUUAGAAGUUAUACAUUAAGUAAAAUAAAGGAAUAAUUUAUUCUAGUCAUUAGCCGAGUGAAUUUUGAGUGUUUUAUUAUUUAUUUUAGUUUGAUUACGUUUAUUUAUGAAUAUAUUUAGUUAGCAUUAUUAAUUUUUUGACACUUAUUACGGAGGUUAUAUUAGGGUAACUAAGUUUUGAUUUUAUUACAUUUAUUCAUAUGUUUUAUUUAAUAGUCGUAAUAAGGCGUUGUAAUAAUAACUGUGCUUAUUUUAUCGAUAUUGAUUUAUUAUUAGUUAUUAAUAGGCACUAAAAUAUUAUACUUAAAGUAGCUUGUAGUAAGGUUAGCGUCUACCCCGACCAUAUUAGUACUCGUAACACACUAGUUUCACGUUUCCUAUAUUUGUAUAUGUUUGGUCAUUAUCGUCAUUGGUACAAAACCACGAUAGCGACAAGAGAAUGACUUAUAUUGUGUAUGUUUACUCAGUAGUUAUAACUGUUUUCUAUUUAUUUAGUAAUUACUUUAUUUUUUUCUUUAAAUUUACUGUAAACACUUCGUAUCGUAUGAUAACAAACGCACUAUUAAUAAUACAAAAUGUGCCAACAUAAACUACACAUUAAACUUUUAAUAUAAAAAACAUGACAAUUUGGGAAUUGGUGGUAUCUAUUACCUCUCAAACACGUAGUUUUUUUUUUUCUUUCGAUCAGGGUACGCAAUUCCACAGUGUUAAGUUUUGUGUUUAAAUGUAAACUAUCGUCAAAUAUUUAUUGAUUAUUAUCAUUAUUUAUAUUUUUCUAUUGUCAUUGCUGUAAUAUAGUUGUCAUUAGCUAGUCACGCAUACACAUCCGUCGAGUAUCAAAAUUUUUUAAUACUUUGAGCUACCUCCAAAAAAAUAUUGUUAUUCUUCGUUGUUCUAACACAAUCUCUGCCUUUUUCGCAGUUGAUGACAUUUAUACUAGUGUAGCAAUAAUCCUCGGCCAGACAGACACUCAUAAUAAUAUUUUUUGUAUUAUCAGACAGUUAACGUUUUACCUUUUUAUGAAAGAAACUAUUUUUUAUACUAAUAAUUUUCCCUUGAUCGUAUCAUCGGAAAUUAUUUUACCGUUUAUGUCAAUUAUACAUGUCGCUAAUUUGGUAGAAGUUCCCUUACACUGUUUUUCUGGUGGAAUACCACUUAGCUAAGGGUUAAGGCUAUGAUUGUGCAGAUAAUUGUGUAUCACAGUGGAAAAGUCUUUUUUAGGAAUUUAUCAUAGAGACAAUACAAUCGUUCUUUAUCAGGGCAUCUAAAUUUACACUAUUAUUAAUAAUGAUAAGUAAUAAUAAAUAGAAAACUUAUUUUUCGUACUUGACUUCUUCGUGGCCGAGAUAAAUAAAUUUUAUGAUAAUCAAACGAAAUAAAUCUGUGGCAACAACGAAAAGCACCAAAAGUUGUUUUUAUUUUCUUUAGAAGUAUGAGGUCUUCCCCGUCGGUCUUGGGGUGCUCUAUUUGUUUAGGCUUUUAUAGGAGUACUACCACAGGGUCCCUCGGAGUAGUUUUUCUAAACAUUGGGUACUAACUUUAAAAAAUAAUUCUAACUAUUUCACACAAAAUAUAAAUUACUUGAACUAAUUUUUGCAUUGCAUAUUUUUUGUGUCAAUUCAAAUCGUACAAUUUGAAUAACAUUUAUUUUUCGUUACUUUUACAUUAUUACUAUUAUUCUAUUACAUUUUAUAUAUUAUAUAUUAUUAUUAUUACGUUAUAUAUUUUAAUAUUAAUUGUAAGUACUAACUUACAAUGUAUUUAUAUAUUAUGUACUUGAUUGUCAGGAAAGUUAAACACACAAUAAUAAUUAUAAGGUCGGUCGUGGGACAUGUCAAUUUUACAUGUAAGUUAUGAUGUUGAACGGGUUGUAAAAUGUAAUUUUCGCUCACAACUUUUAUUUUUACAUAAAACAUUUGGUUCAACUAUUAUUUCAAUCCACUUGUUAAAAUUACAAUAAAGCAAAAGUAUUUUACGGGUCGGCGAAAUUAAAAAAAAAAUAGUCAACAGACUGUUGUGAAAGUUACAAACAUUUUAUGUAGUAUCCAAAUUAUUUAAUGUAAAUAUUUUUAUACAUUUUAUAUAAAAUUAUAAUUAUAAAUUCGAUAAAAAAAACAAUACUGAUUAGAACUAUCCUUAUAACUAUUUUUAUUAUGUGUAUUAUCAUUGAUGGAAUAUAUUAUGUUUACGUAGGUCGGUAGGGAAUUUUAGUUCAUAAUUAUUGUAGUACUAAUAAUAAAGUGUUUUUGCAUAGAAUGUGGUUAUAACUACUUAACUAUUUUACAUGAUGUUUUUUGAACUUUUAAUUUAACUUUUAUAUAUUAUUAUAUACUUGUAUAGUGGCAAAGUAAUUAAAAACAAUCUGUUUUUUUUAUAAUUUACUAUCCACAAUUACGUUUAUGAUAUUACUAUUAUAAUUAUUAUUAUUAUUAUUACCAACGUAGUAUAAAAUGCGUUAACACUACACUGUACUAUGUCUAUACGCAUAACAUUUUCUAUUCUAAGUAACUAAGUAAUAUGAUUGUUGUAUUUACUGCAGUGUGUAAAAAGUAGAAAAAUUAUUGUUCAAUAUGAAAAAAAAUUUGCGGCGUAACACAAUACUAAAUUUAACGAUAAGUUAAACGAUUAAAAAUAUGUUUAUAAUUGUAAUACUUUUUAGUUAUCUAGACAAUAGUUUUUUUUAAACGCUUUGAUAUAAUGCUAAUAUGUAAAAUAUCAUUUACUUCUACAUAUCUCGGUUACACCAGUGUGUUAGUAGAUUUUUUUUGUCAAAAAAUUAUAUUUAUGUAUUGCUUUCUGUGUAAGACAUUGAUUGUCCAAAUAUUAAUAAUCAAAUACAGCGUAAAUAUUAACAUUAUUAUUGUAACAAUACAACUUGUAAUUUAUGUUAGAGCGUUUUAUACUUAAACAAUAUUUAUAUCACUAUUAAAGAGAAAAAAAAUGUGUUGUUCGCGUAGACUUAACAAACAGAUAAUAACUAACGACGUUCACGUGUCAUAAUUAAUUAUUUAGGUGCCUCACAAUACUGUUUUUUAUUAAUAUGUAAGCGUUAUUUUUGUUAGGACAAUCGUCAUUUUUUGUAUCCUUCAAACAGCUUUUUCUUGUUCGCGUGGAAGUCUAAUUGAGUGUUGUUCAGGAAAACUGAUAAAUUUAAUAAUGUAUGAUAUAUUUUAAACAAACAAUAAAACUAAAAAAAGGCCAGUUAAUGCACAAAAAUAAUUUGUUAAGUCAUUACAUAAUUUGUUAUUAUUAUUAUUAUUAUUAUUAUUAUUAUGACUAUUAUGUUAUAAUGUUAAUGAUAAAUAACACAAAGUAAUGCUAAAAAGUUACAUCAAAACAAACGCACUUGUAGACAUUAUCGUAGCGCCAAGAAGAAUAAAAUUAAGAAUUUUUUAAAUGUUAAAAAAAAA